AAGACCCCUCCAGCCCCUCCCCCUUUUCCUUUCCUUUAUUCCAACUCCCCCCACUUGCGAGUUGCCAAUCUCUCUCUCUCUGUCAACCCUCUCUGACUCUCCCAUUAAUGCCACAUAAACAUCUCACAUCUCAAACCUCCAAAGCUCAUCGCAGACAAGAAAAACCAGAGAUGGGAAAGAAAAUGAAACUCCCCUUCAUUUUCAAAAACACAGAGGCAAGCUCUUCUUCGUGGCCUUGGCCUUCUUGUAAGCAACCCAGAACCCUCUCCUUCCGGACCCCCAGCGACAUUUACAAGACCAUCAACUCCAUCUACUUGGAUCCCGCCGUUAAUGAUCACGUGGUGGAGACGACGACCGAGUCGUUUUUCACCAACUCGUCCGAGUCGGCCAGCUUCUCGACAACCUCGGAAUACUCCCGCGUGGAUCCGGUGGAGACGUUGAUUCGUGGGCUGCGGUCGGAGACAGAGAGGCUGUUUUUCAAGCCGGGAGAGACGAGCUCGAUAUUGGAAGAGGCGAAGGAAGGUGGGUUUCCUUUCAAGGAGAGCGUGGUUUUGUCAAUGGAGUCCCAAGACCCUUACGUGGAUUUCCGCAAGUCCAUGGAGGAGAUGGUGGAGGCUCAUGGAGUGAAAGACUGGGAUGCUUUUGAAGAGCUUUUGUGCUGGUAUUUGAGGGUAAAUGGAAAGAGCAAUCAUGGGUAUAUUGUUGGAGCUUUCGUUGAUUUGUUAGUUGCUCUUGCAUUUGCUUCUUCUUCUUCUUCUUCUUCUUCUUCUUCUCAUUCUCCUUCUUCUCCAUUAUCUUUGUAUACUUGUUCAUUUUCUUCUUCUACUCCUUGCAUAUCCUUAAUAGAAGAUGAUGAGGAAGAUGGCGAUCCUCGUUGUUUAUCUUCAUUAUCAGAAGGUGACGAGGAGAUCGAAGAAAAUGUUUGAUUUAAUGGAAAUAUAUGUAUACGCCGGUAGUUUUGGUAAAUUAUAGUGGAGCUUUUUUUUUUUUUUUUUUCAUAUUGAAGCAAUUAUUAUUAUUAUUA